AACUAGCGUGAUUAGCCGUUCUUUAGGACGCGCAAGAAGCGCAGCAACAGCGUCGUCGACUGUGAGCUGAUCGGCACAGCCGUGGUGGAGGCCGAACCUUCGAGCGGCUCCUCCCCCGCACGUGGGUCACGAGGACACUAGCGGACUGUCCGCGUGAGCCGAGGGAGGGCGACGCACGCGCCGUCGGCGGUUACACCGACUAGAGGCCGGGCGAGGCGUGCGCAGCCAGGGAACCUGCUGCGUUGGGUGGGGGCAAGGGGAAAAAAAAAAAGAACAGCCCAGACGCAUGCGCGGCUGAUAGUGGUGGGGUGUCGAGCGAGGCUUGGUCGGCGCAGGCGCAGGCGCACUGGCGUCGAAGCUACCAGAAACGUCGGAACGGCGGUGUCUAGAGCUGUAGCGGCGAAAGAACUGACUUUAGUGUAGCAGUGUUGUGAGUCUGAAUCCAGAAGGAUUCUUCUUCAAGGCUUCUAACCGUUUCCAAGCUUCUCUUUAAGUCUUGUAACGUACACAGCCUGCUGAGACGUGGCUCUUUCCCUAAGUAUUCAAACCACUACACAUCUGUUGUAUCCCACUAGCUCAUAACAGUAAAAUCCUCUCAGGAUUAGUGUCUCCAUAUGGUUGACAUGAGGAGGCCACUCUUUGCCCACAUCUGGGAGGAGGAAGAAUGUCUCGAGUACUAUGGAAUGAUUUCCUUGCACCAAAUGUUUGAGGUGAUUGGUUCCCAGCUCACAGAGAAUGACAUGGAAGUACUUUCUUUCCUUCUGGAUGAGACGCAGCCCUGGACCCAGCUGCUGGAUCCUGCCCUUUGGGCUGUGGCAGCAGCAGAAGAGAGUGAUGCUGAGACUACUUCACCUGUGCUAGAGAGCUGGAAGAGGAAAAACGAGUGUCGGUGUAACUUGGGCAAGACUGAUAGUAAUUCUGAGGUUGCUGCAGAGAGGCAGCUGCCCAAGAAUGGUGUCCAACUGCUCCUGGAGCUAGAGAGGAGGGGCAAAUGUGAUGAAACCAACUUUAUGCAACUUCUGCAGCUCCUGAGAGUACUAACAAGGCAUGAUCUGCUGCCAUACGUCACACUGAAAAGGCAGCGUACAGUUUCACCUGAAAGAUACACUUAUGGACCAUCUGUCCUGUCAUCAGACCAGCAGGUGGACAACUGUCUCAAUUCAGCCUCUGCACAGCCUCGAAACGAUCAGUGGGAGACAGGCUCCAAUUCCAGCAAAAGGAAGCGAGUAAGCAGAGGCCGGGCAAAGUCUACUCCCCGCAGGCGGCGGGGAACCAAAACAACUUCUGCUCCAAUGCAGGAGGUUCAGACUCCGACCAAAGUCACCUGUGACAUCCGGCUCCGUGUUCGUGCAGAAUAUUGUGAGCAUGAGCCUGUCUUGCGUCAGAAUGUGAUGUCAAACAAGCAGAACCAUCUGGAGCGUCAGUUUGAUGUCUUUGGCCAGUCCAAUACCAUCCUCAAAUCCCGUGACCUGGGCUCAAUCAUCUGUGACAUCAAGUUCUCAGAAUUGUCCUACCUUGAUGCCUUCUGGAGUGACUAUAUGAAUGGCUCACUGCUAGAGGCAUUGAAAGGAGUUUUCAUCACAGACUCUCUCAAAGAGGCCGUGGGCCAGGAGGCUAUCCGGCUGCUAGUUAAUGUGGAUGAAGAUGAUUAUGAGGAAGGGCGACGUCUGUUGCUGGAAAGCAUUAUUCCCCAGGCCUGGUAAUUUCAGCCACUAGGAAAUUUAGGGCACUUCAUUUUGACUCCCUGAUUACCAUGUGGCCUACUUACAUUGGAUAUAGACUACGGGGGGGGGGCAGUCUUUUAGAAAAGGAAUCUUUGUCCCGUUGUGGGGCAUGGCUGGAUCUUGGCAGCAACAACUCCAGCUGCUCUUGUAGAGGUUGACGAUUUGACAGAGCAUCAGGGAAUGGUCUUAAUUGACAUUCAAGUGUAGCAGGGCUUGAAUAGAGGCACCCACUCAUUGUGGAUUUCUCUCAUUUUGAACUGAAAGGAACAGUUUUUGGGAGACACCUUGUCCUGAUAAUGAAGCCUAAAAGGGGCUUGAAACCCUUUUGGAAUAAGUUGGUUUGUACAUCAUGCUGACUACCAGGAUUUAUGGUUUUUACUUUUCUUACAGAGGUGGGGAGCAGCCUCAUUUUGCAGAGUUGGCUAUGCACUUCUUAAGGCUGGCAGCAGGGCAUGCUGUGUUUCCUGCUUUCCAAGGAAAGAAAAAAAAUAAACUAAUUUCCCUCAAAUCUGAUGUUGAGGGUGGACUUCCCUUAAUUAUACAUCCAAGUCCCAUGGUGAGAGAGUUGAUAAUUAUAAAGGUGGAAACCCAAGUCACUUUUCUAAGGACAGUUGUCAGUUCUGUUGCUAUUUGUACAUAAUAUAAAUAAUAGGAUUUAAAAAAAGGUGAAGAAGCUGUUCAGGUAGAAUUUCUGAACAGAUGACACUGCUUGACUGCAGUGAGAGGGCCAGAGGCCAGAAAGUUGUAAUUUAAAAAGUUGUAUUUUUUUUUUACAAAAACAGACUUUUUGACAAACAAUUCUUAAUGUAUUGUAUUUGCAAAUGACAAAAUGUCAAUAAAGAAGAGAAUUUGCAA